UGAAAUGAGUACAAAGAAAGGAGAUUAGAAUAAUUUUUCGAUCGAAAUGAUUAAAUUUAUAUAGUUUAAGUGAACAUACGUAAAUCAUACAAUUAUUAUUCUAAUAUCGUUCUUUUGAAUUAUCAUAAAAGAAUUUUACUAAUCUUAACCUCACCCGAAUGUCAGAAAAAACAGCUGAUCAAAAAAUAAAAUAAUAUUUUUAGUUAUGUCAAAAUUGUUUAUAUUUUGACAAGUAAAUUUUAUUGGGUAUUUCUUUUAAAUAAAGAAUUAUUUAUUAGUUAUAUUAAACAAUUUAUACAAAAGGAUAAAAUGGGUAAUUGGAAGUCUUAACACCUUUAGUUAUGGAAGAUAUCAACUGUCUAGGUGUUACUUUCUUGAGAAACUUCGAUUCUGCUAAUUUGGCUAGAGUAGAAGCAGUUUCUCAAGAUGCCUCAGUGUACAUCAACUCUGGAAGUCAUACCAGCACGAGUACCAAAACCUUACCUGAUAUUCCAGACUGUGAAUACAACAUAUGGACAAAACCAGAUUGUGGUGGCACUGAAUUCGAGAAUGGCAACAGGACUUGGUUUUAUUUCGGGAUGAGAGCGAAUGCCUCGUCCCUCUUGGUAAAGUUGAACAUAGUCAAUCUCAAUAAACAAGCAAAAAUGUACAGUCAGGGGAUGUGCCCUGUUUAUAAAGUAGUACCAUCUAGAACUGGAUGGGAUAGGAUACGAGAUAAGCCAACAUACACUAACGAAGACGACAUAUUCACCCUCAGUUUCAAAUAUCGCACCCCCGAAAACCACCAGGCAGUUACCUAUUUCGCUUUCACCUACCCCUUCUCCUACAACGAUAUCCAGAAGAUGCUGGGUAACAUCGACGCAAAGUUCGCCAGCAUGCCGUUGGCGGAAAACGACGACAUAUAUUACGUGCGAGAAUGCGCUUGCCUGUCGCUCGACAAGAGGAGGGUGGACCUGCUGACCAUAACCUCGAAAUACGGCAUGUCGAACGCGAGGGAGACCAGGCUCAAGAACCUGUUCACCGACGAGAACGUUCAGAGACCGUUUAGGUUUCCCAACAAGAAGGUUAUAUUCAUAUCGGCCAGAGUGCAUCCGGGUGAAACGCCGUCCAGUUUCGUGUUCAACGGGCUGUUGCACCUGUUGCUCAACAGGGACGAUCCCAUAGCCGUAGCGCUUCGUAGGAUGUACGUCUUCAAGCUGAUACCCUGUCUGAAUCCGGACGGGGUCGCUAGAGGUCACUAUCGUACCGAUUCUAGAGGAGUUAACCUGAACAGGAUGUACCUGAAUCCGUCUCUGUCUCUCCACCCUUCGAUAUUCGCCGCCAGAGCUCUGAUCAGGUACUAUCACUACGGAUACGACAAGGCGGACACGAUCACCCUAUGCCCGAACUGUGCCGAUCCCGGCCAAGCGGAAUUCAAUAUGGCGGAAACGGAGGACAAUCAGUGCGGAAACGUCAUCAGUUCGAAGGUUUCCCACAUGAGUCUGGAAGAGAACGGAAACCCGAUGUGGAAAUUCAAGAGACUCUGUACCAUUUGCGGGACGCCGCUGAAACUGUCAUCCAGCAACGAGAGCCUGGAAAAAUUGAACGGUAAGGGCGACGUGAACCCGGCCGAUUCGGGACUCUUCCUCUACAUGGACCUGCACGGGCACGCUUCCAAGAAGGGCAUCUUCAUUUACGGCAACCACUUCGAGACGCCCGAACAGAACGUCGAGUGCAUGCUGCUGGCCAAGUUGAUGUCCAUCAACAACCACAACUUUCACUUCACCGCCUGCAACUUUAGCGAGAGAAACAUGUUCAUCAAAGAUAAACGUGACGGGCUGAGCAGAGCCGGUUCCGGAAGGGUCGCCAUCUCGACCUUGACGGGACUGAUAAAGAGCUACACCCUGGAGUGCAAUUACAACACGGGCAGGAUAGUGAACGUGCUCCCGCCCACCGUGAAGGAGCGGCAGCAGAAAGGCUACGCCCUCCCGGUGCCGCCCAAGUACUCCCCGACCGUCUUCGAAGAGGUGGGCCGAUCGCUGGGCGCCUCCAUCCUGGACCUGACCGGUAACAACCCGCUGACCAGGCUCCCGCAUUCCGAAUUUCACACCCUCACCGGCGUGAUGGACUGGAUAAGGACCAACUGCAUCCAGGAGUUUGGAGAGGCGAGGUCCAAGACGAAAACGAGCUUAUCUCAGGGUGGAAAAAGACGACAAAGAAUCAGAUCAACUUCCUCCAGCACGAUCUACAAUAAGACUUUACCAAGAAACAGACCAUCGUCGGUACCUAUUGAACGUAAAGAGAAUAUAAUAUUCGAGAAUGAACCGUUCAAGGCGAGCUCUUCGGGUAAAAUUCCGAAGCGGAAAUCUAGCCUGAAAAUACAGAAGGCAAUCCUAAAGAAGAACAAGACGAAGUUGAAUUUACAGUUGAAAUGUAAAAAUUCGAACGCCGAGAAAGGUAAGGGUAAGAGUAAGUCUCCGGCCUUGGUGACUGGUAGACAGAUGGACAUCACUACCAAGUUCGCAACUGUCGAAGACAACCAGUUACUGACGGAAACCGUCAAAACUGAAGUGGAUCCUUGCAAGUUCCAACCGGGGAAGUCUUUCGUGGAAAAGACUUUAUUUUCCUGGAAUGUUACGGCGACUACAACAUUGAACGAUCCGUUCAACGAUGAAAAAUCCUUGGGUUUCUUGAAGAAUCCUUCGGAACCAGGAUCGAGUUCUGGUCCUCGCAUGAAUGCCUUCUCCAAAAAUGCCUUCUUUAACAAGAGUAAAAAGCUGGCUUUGAGGAGGAUUGGUACGAACGUUGAGAGUUCCGCCAAGGCCGAGAAGGUGAAGAAGAAAAAGAGACUGGUGAAAAAACACUGAUGGUUGGUUUCUUGGUGAUAAGUUUUGUGAUUUCAAGCAGCUUUACGAUUUGUGGUUCAGUAAGUUCAGAUUUUUUUCUCCCUUGUACAAAUCUAAAUCAUUUAAUUUCGUUAGUUUAGGUUUGUUGAUUGACAGAGUAUAAUUUAUUUGCAUCGAUUUCCAAUAAAUAUCAUGACAACAA